AUGCAGACUCUACCGCCUUCUCUCUCAUUACUGGUCUGUUCCCUCCUUGCGACAACUUCUUCCGCUCUGCAUGUCAGGCCCCGUCUCGAUGUCUAUCCCACGCCAGUCGCGAAUCUUCCAAACGCAGCAGCACCAGCCACCAUCACCGCUGCGCCGCCUCUCGAUAUUCUAGGCGACUUGAAGUUUGCGCGGGCUCUACCUACCAUCCCCUCAUGUGCCACAUCGUGUGUUGCCUCGGCGGUCACAAAGUCGACAGAUUGCAAACUGGGAGACUACCAAUGCGAGUGUAAUUUUGCGACUGUCAUUAAUCAAGGGGCGGCUUCCUGCGUUCAAACCGCUUGUGGAUUUGAGGGCGCUCUUCAGGCGCAGGUAGCGGGCGAGCAACUGUGUCUCAGUGUGCUCGGGGGACUUGUUCCUUCUUCUACGCCGACCAACAAUAACAAUAACAAUCCUAGUCCCUCACCCGGCUCUGGCUCUUCGUCUUCGAACGGAUCUUCGCCAAAACCAAGCAGUUCAUCAGGAGGAUCAUCUGGUUCUGGUUCUGGAUCCAACUCCGGCUCAGGCUCUGGGUCCAACUCUGGAUCCGGCUCCAGCUCCGGCUCGCAUAAACCCAGCAAAAAGACCAAGCUCUCCGGUGGUGCCAUUGCCGGCAUUGUCGUCGGCGUUGUAGCGGGCAUAUUCGCCGCAGCCGGAGCCAUCUGGAGGUUCUGCCUGACCAAGAUGAAAGGAGGAAGCACUGCUGAAGGCACAGCCGCAGCUGGAGUAAAUGGAACAAACGGAGCACCGCCCUCUGGCGCUGCUCUCGAAACCGCCCAAGUACAUCCCGAUCCCGCCAAGCCUACCGGACUUACUUCGACGACGCCGCUGUCGACGACGCCGAGCGAGUUGUCCAAUAACCACCCUCACACCGUUUCGAGCGUAUCACCACCGUAUCAAAGCCCUGUUACACCAACUCCUCCAGUGUACCCCAACGCGGCGGAGCUGCCCAACGGAUCAUGGCCGCAACAGCAGCAGCCUCCAGCUGGAUAUGUAUAUCCGCCUCCUCAACCAACCGGGCAGCCAAUGCAUGGCUAUCAAGUGCCUGGACAGCAGCAACAAUACGCGCCAGUUCAGUCCUAUCCGCAAAUGCACCAGGGUUAUCAUGAAGCUCCGGGAGCACCACCGCCCGAAAUGGCUGGUGAUACGCAUAUUGUGCAGGAGUUACACGGACAAACUACUUCAGGGGGGGUUUAUGAGAUGGGGCACUGAGACGAGAGUGAAAAUUGUAUAAGUAUAUAACGGAGCUAAAUAAUGUAUGUAAUUCAGAAUGAUAUCCACGUCUAUUUA